UAUUAUAUUUACCAUACUCCACUCUGUUAAAAGUAGUCGAACAAGGAUUGUAAUGCAUGGAAACUCUGGUGCUAAAAUCCAGUGAAAUGACUGUGAACAGCACUGAAUCGGAGAUUGAGUGCAGCCUCUGUGGUGAUGUGGGUUUGAAGGAGCAGCUCUUCAAAUGCGCUUCCUGUUUAUCCAGAUAUCAGCACACGUAUUGUAGUAGAUCGUAUCCAAAUAUAGAUUUGGAGCGUUUUUCAUGCGAAUGGUGCAGCUCGGGAGUCACAGAAAUGGUGAAAACGCAAGUUUAUAAGAGUGGGUUGAAUGAAUUUAUCUCAGACAAACUGCAAAGUAUUUCAGAGUGUAAACAGAUGAAAGCAUUAACAAGGGUUGAGGUAAGAGGAGGAAAAUGCAAAGAGAAAUCAGAUCUGUUUGUUUCUUUUAAUGGAAGAAAGCAGUGUCAGAUGAAGGAAAGGACCAAACUGCAGAUUCAUGCUCGGCGCCGCUACAAACGCCUUGCAGACUUGAAUUUCUAAGAUUUUGCACUGUCCUUGUGCCACUGUUUUCUGUAAAGUAUUUCAAAAAUCUAUAUAAACCUGUUAUUGGCAUUGUUGAA